UCUGCUUGUCUGUUUGCCCUUCGUGCCUUCCUCUUUGAUUUCAUUUCAUUACUACCUCUUCGCAGUCUGGACAAUCACAAUCUUCAAACAAAUCCCAUACAGUGCUUUCGCCUAUUCUCCAUCUUUCCAUCUCUCUACCACUCCCAAUUUCACCUCAUCCAGUAUCGCCAAAGAUCACACCACCCCACUCUGGUGAACGAAGUUCUAGGAGUCAUCCACGGCUCCAGUGCCACCAGUUUGUGAUAGCCCCCUACCACGAGUCCGUCACCAUGGCUAGCCAAAAACGAAUCACCAAGGAAUUGACUGAGCUGACUCUCACGCCGCCAACGGGAAUAACAGUUGCCUUGGCAGAUGAAGCCAACUUGUUUCAGUGGAAGGUCACCAUGGAUGGACCAGUUGAUUCACCAUAUGCUGGCGGUCAUUUCACUCUGACCUUGACUCUCCCGACUAGCUACCCCUUCAAACCGCCGACUGUUGUCUUCAAUACCAAGAUCUACCAUCCCAACAUUUCCAACGACUCACCUCCAAACUCCGGCACUAUGUGCUUGGGUAUGCUUAAAGACUCGGAGUGGAAGCCCAGUACCAAGAUAAGUGCCGUGCUAGAGUUCGCGAGACAGUUACUUAAAGAACCAAACCCUGAUGACGCCGUGGAGACCAAGAUUGCCGAGCAAUAUCGCAAUGAUAGAAGUGGUUACGAGCGAGAUGCCCGUGACUGGGUGAAACGCUACGCUUCAGGCUCCUCAACAAAGAAAUAGUAUUCCAGUCCUGAGGAUGCUGCAGCCUCUAGUCCGUGAGAACGGCGAAAGAGACGAGGAAAUUGAGCGAAUGUCAUGAUCAUGCUGACUGGGGACACAUAAACAUAAACGCAUCCGUCCAGAGGCGACUGAACAUUAUAACCGCGCGACCUCUCGAAUUUGCUUCGGCCGAUGAGAGACAUAGGUCAUUGCUGGGCAUCGCCACUCAUAUAUUGGAUAUAGGGAGGCCUACAUUGCAAAAGUGUUGGCAUGAUGUGCCCCUCUAGGAGACACAUCGAGUCCCUAGGUUCCAUGGAUGCAUCUGUUCGGAAUACUACCACGGAAUGGAUACCCACAUGCACACAACCGUCUGCGGCUCGUCUUUGGACGUUGUCAAACCCGGUAAAGUCAACAACGAUGUAUAGCACAGCCUGAAAUCGAGGAAACCUACAAAAUCGACCUAUAUCAACAUCAAAGAUCUGACAGAUGAUGAAAGGGAUAAACCCAAGGCGGUUAAUCAAAGGAAGAGAGGGAAAAUAUCCGCGGCCUCACCAGAAGAGUCCAGUUGACGCAAGAAAUACCACAAAGCACGAAUGAUAUCAUGACGAACA